UAGCUCGUGCCCGUCCCGGAUCCGGAAGCUCUCAUUGGACCUGGUGACGUCUGUGUGCCACUAACACGUGGGUACUCGGUGAAUAGGUUUCUUUUAAGAUGAAAGUGAAAAAGGAGAAAUUAGAUGAAGAAUAUGAAGCUGCGACUCCGCAAAAGACGUACGAAUCGUUGAUAGGAAACCUCAAUCCCAUCGCCAAACCCUUGGCAGGACGCAAACUUACUAAGAAACUAUAUAAGUGUAUUAAGAAAGCCACAAAAGAGAAAAAUAUACGUAGAGGAGUGAAAGAAGUCCAGAAAUUUAUUAACAAAGGAGAGAAGGGCAUCGUGGUUAUGGCUGGGGACACGUUGCCUGUAGAGGUUUACUGUCACAUUCCAGUGAUGUGUGAGGAUCGUAGCAUUCCCUAUACUUAUGUCCCAUCAAAAUCUGACUUAGGUGCUGCUGCAGGCUCCAAGCGCCCAACAUGUGUAAUUAUGAUCAAGUCGCACAGUGAUUACCAGGAAGCAUAUGAUGAUUGUAUGGAAGAUGUGGAAGCUCUUCCCUUGCCCUACUGAUCAGGGAUAAGUUCUAUCACAUGGGACACUGAGGUUGUGUUGACACAAUCGCCAAACUUGCUAGAUUGUAAACCAGAAUGAAACAGCGGAGGAUGCAUAUUUUUUAAUAUGGACAAUUUGGAUUUCUGUUUUUAUCAGUUUAUGAGGUUUUAUUUUCUAACUUUUUUUUUAUGAUAAGAAUUAUGUACUGUGUUUGCAAUUGUAAUUGAUUUGCAAUUUGUUCAUAAUUAUUAAAGGGAUAGUAAACCUUAUUUUUUUUCUUUCGUGGUUCAUAUAGAUAGAGCAUUCAAUUUUAAGCAACUUUCUAAUUUGCUCCUAUUAUCAAUUUUUCUUUGUUCUCUUGCUAUCUUCAUUUGAAAAAGUAGGAAUGUAAGCUAAGAAGUCGGCCCAUUUUUGGUUCAGCACCCUGGCUAGCGCUCGUCAUUGGUGGCUACAUUUAGCUACCCAAUAAGCAAGAGAAACCCAGGUUCUGAACCAAAAAUGGGCCGGCUCUUAAGCUUUACAUUCUUGCUUUUCAAAUAGAUACCAAGAGAAGGAAGAACAAUUUAUAAUAGGAGUAAAUUAGAAAGUUGCUUAAACUUGAUUGCUCUAUCUGAAUCAUGAAAGUUUAAUUUUGACUUUUCUGUCCCUUUAAGGGCUCAAUAAAAUUACAUACGUUAAUGGAGACUUGGUUCUGGCUUACUGAUUGUCAUAAGUUGGCUAUUCAGUGCAUAAAGUAUUAGUAUUUCAAGUACUUUUUUGUAGUUCAGAUUACUUCAGAAUUUAAACAAGUACUAUGUGCUAUAUUACAAUAUUUGUUUAUAUUUGACUUUGAUUGUAUUUCAACGUCCAUUUUUUUCUACCAUGUAUAUAAGACAAGUGAAUACAUGAUUAUUAAGUAAAACUUUGGAAUUUGCA